AUGUAUUUCACCCGCAAAAGUGAAAAAUACACUCAAUCCAAAAAAUUCAGCGAAGUAAAUCAUCCGGCUUACUCCAUUCUGCCAGAAUAUCUGAAAAACCUGAUAUCCAAGAAAAACCAAGCGAUGACCGAGUACAGCCAUACUCAAGCGAAAGAAAAGUACUUCGAGUUUCAAACUCUCAACAGAGCUGUCACCAUGGAGCUGCUAUCAGUUAAGGAGAACCUUGGAAGGAGCGUCAUAAAGAUGAGGCUUAUGCCUGUUCGGGAUAGACUGUCGAAAUUCAUCAAGAAAACCAUCGGAGAGUCUGUGAGGAAUCGGCUAGUUUUCCAGACAACCAGGCACAGGUCUGUCCAGAAGAAGUUCAAGGGCUUGGAUGCCGCCAUCAAGAAGUUAUUAGUCACACACGAAGAGAAAAAACUCGAGGAUGGAAAGAGUUUGAGCGAUCCCUACGUGAAAUUCAAAUGUGGAGGAAGACUAGUAUAUAAAUCCCGAACGGUUUAUCGAGACCUUAAUCCAGUUUGGGACGAAAGUUUCACAGUGCCCAUAGAAGACCCCUUCAUCCCCAUUAGCAUAAAAGUGUUUGACUAUGACUGGGGACUACAGGAUGAUUUUAUGGGAUCAGCUACUCUGGAUCUAACCUCCUUAGACUUAUCCAGGCCAACAGAUCUUUCACUAGCUUUACACGAUUCAGCUAGACUCGAUUCAACACUGGGCGAAAUUAUAUUAGCUGUGACACUUUAUCCAAAGAGUCAAGAGGAUAAAGAACAGCUUCCCAUGAUCUACAAAGCUCAGAUACGACCUGUUCUAGAAUACUGUUCCCACAUAUGGGGUUCAGCACCAAAACAUACGCUGAUGCUCUUAGAUUCCAUCCAGAGAAGAGUCAUCCGCCUGGUGGGUGACGCCAUACUCACUCAUUCUUUGACAUCAUUGGAACACCGUAGAAAGGUCGGCAACCUUUCACUUUUCUAUCGAAACUUCCACGGGAAAUGUUCUUCGGAAAUCUCUGCUAUCAUCCCUUCACUAGCAAUGCCAGUCAGACGAAGUAGACAAGCCCAGUCAGCACAUCCUUUCGUUGUCAACCUCGAAAGAUGUCGAACAGCACUUUAUCAAAACUCCUUCAUCCAUAGAACGGCUAGGCUCUGGAAUUCAUUGCCUGAGGAAGUAUUCCCAACAACAUAUAAUCUCCAGAAGUUAAAAAAAGUCCAAUACCUACCUCCUAUCCCUAUCCUCAAGGCCUAA